AUGAAGCAUAUUUCUAUUAGCUGUAAUUUGAUAUAUUUCGAUUAAAAUUCUAUUAGUCCUCCCUUAUCAAAAGAACGAAAAAAAGUACUCAAAUAAAUAAUUUAAAUGAAACCUAUUUCUAUUGCAGUUCUAAUUUCAGUAUCACUCUUACUAAUUUGUGAAAUCCAAAAUGAGAUGAUUAGGUUUCUAAUUUUAGUAUCUCUCUUACUAUUGUUUGCAAUCUCUUUAACUUCGGUUAAAAGCCAAAUUGAGAUUGGUAGGAAGUUUUUAUUGAAUUUAAUGCAGGAGUUCACAAAUUAAUAUACAGGGAUUUCAAUUGAGGGUUUGGAUUAUUUAGGUAUGAGCCAGAUAUGGGAUUUAUUUGGAACAAAAAUAAGAUUUAGCAAUAUUACUGGAUUAAAUGUGGAUUAGGAUGUAAAUCGUGAGGUUCUAAAAAUAUACGCAACUUCAACUAAAAUUGAUCUAGUGGUGGCGGAGAAUAAACUCAUGAUCCCUAUAAAAAUGCAAGACUUGUCUGUUUCUAUCUUCAUCAAGGCUGGUUAAAACUAAUUGAAUUGUACAUAGGUCUAGAUCGAUUGUUCGUCUUUUUAUUUGGAAGAUAAUAUCUUAAGACAAUAUUAGGAUGUGAAUUUCCUAAAGAAAUAUUUGGAUAAGAAUUUGAUAACAGCACUUAUUGAUCCGAAUAAAAUUGUGGAAUAUUUAGCCUAACAAUUCUUAAAUUCAGGCAUGAUCAAAUCAGUAAUCAAGAAUUCAGAGAUUCCAAUAAGAAAUCUUAUCAACAAUGCAUUAAAAAACUAUUAUCAGGUAUUACAAGAAUUCUUAAAGUAAUUGUAAAAUGAUGAAUUGAAUCCAAAAGUAUUAAUAGCUGGUUUAAAAAAUGUGCCAAUCGCCAGAGUGGAAAAUAAGGAAUACAUCAUCAAUAUCAAAAAGAUUUAGACAACGAAAAGCUUUAACUUUUUUUGA